AUGGCCGACCCCGUCAACCCGCCUCUCUCUUAUGAGGCGUCCGCCACAACCACCCAUCCUCAUGUGGCCACCACUCUUCCGCCCGAGGUCAUCUCGUCCCUAAAGAACUCCCGAUUCGUACGUGGCUCUACCUGUCUAGUCUCUCGUUCACUUGCUCCCUCACUGACCAAACAGCUUCAUCUGGCAACAUGCGACGGCCUCCAACCCCACAUCUCCCUCAUGUCCUACACCUACCUGCCCUCGACGCCCUAUGAUCCCUACCCCACGAUCAUCAUGACCACCAACCCCUCCUCCCGAAAGACCAACCAUCUUCUCACCAAUCCGCGCGUCUCGCUUCUCGUCCACGACUGGGUGUCGCACCGUCCGCCGACCCGCGCCCCCAACCCGGGGUCGGAGCGCGACGGAUCCCCGCCGCCGGCCGCCACUCGCUCGUCCCUGGCGAGUCUACUGCUGAACCUGAACACGAGCGCCCUGUCAAGCAUCUCCACCACCAUUACCGGCACCGCGCGGUUCCUCGAGCCCGGUUCCGAGGAGGAGGCCUGGUGCAAGGAGCGUCAUCUGGAGAAUAACACGUUCGAGGAGGAGAUGAGCGUCUUUGGUCAACAGCAGCCGCAACAGGGAUCCCGGCGGCCCAGCUUAUCGAUUGACAGCGACGUCCGGGUUGUGACCGUUCGCGUGCGCGAGGGCCGCAUUGCGGACUGGAAGGGUGGUGUGCGUGACUGGGUUGUGGUGCGCGAGGGAGAAGAAGAGAAUCAGGGUGGUCUGGUGAAUGGAAUCACCUCCUUCACGCGCGUCUCCAACCUCCAACAAACCCUCACCACGCGCCUCCUCGCCCACAAAAAACACCACGACGACACCACGACACCACCGCCCGACCCAACCAUCAUCACCUUCACCCCAAACCCCGUCUACACCACCGGCCGCCGCGACCUCCCCCCUUCCAACACUACCCCGCAAACCGCCUCACUCUCCCUCCCGCCGUCCCUCGAACCCAUCCGCUCGCUCCUCACCGCACCCAAUGCCUCCUCCUCGCCCGGCCAAGCAGAAUACCACCCCACCCUCCGCGGCGGCCAAACCACCUACCACGGCCCGGGCCAGAUGGUCGCAUACACGAUCCUCGACCUGCGCCGCCUCGGCCUGACGCCGCGCUGCCACAUCCGGCUGCUGGAGAACAGCGUCGUGGACGUGCUGCGUGGGUUCGGCGUGCAGGGCCUCAUCACCGAAGAUCCGGGCGUGUGGGUGUCGCCUGGCACAGGCGCCGCGACGGAGCUGCCGCGAAAGAUCACGGCGGUGGGCGUGCAUCUGCGGCGCAACAUCAGCAGCUACGGCAUCGGGUUCAACGUCACCGACGAGCCGAUGUGGUAUUUCCGGCAGAUUGUGGCGUGUGGCCUGGAGGGGCGCGAGGCGACGAGUUUACAGGCGCUGGGGGUGCGCGGUGCCAGUGUGGAUGACGUUGCGGAGCGGUUUGUGCGGGCGUUCGUACAGAGGGUUAAUGCGGAUUUUGCGUGUGGGGGGAGUCGUGCCGGUGAGGGGAUUGAGGGGGUUUAUGCUGCUUCUGAGGAGGAGUUGUUACGAGGUGAUUGA